AUGGCCAUCACCCAAACCAUCCUGACCCAAGAUCUCGCCGAUGUGCUUGCCCUCAUCGAUAACAUGCCUGACAUGCUCUGCGACGAGAUGCUAGACCUCCAGCAUGUGGCCGCCUUCCUCCCCCGCACCAAGAUCCUCGCCUCCAUGGACUACGCCGUCACCACCGGAUCCGACCUUUGCAUCAUCUUCGUCGGUGCCUGUCAGAUCGUCGAGAAGUCCUAUCUCUCUCUUCUGCCGUGGAACCUCACCAUCUUCCGAGACAUCGUGGUGUCGCUCGCACGGAACUCACCGGAUGCAUUGCUCCUCAUGGUGUCGAACCCGACUAACAUCUUGACAUACAUCACCUAG